GUCCCUCACUGACCCAGUCUGGCUGAAGAAACGGCUCCGGAGCCUCCUCUCGACCCACAGCUGCACAGUCCGGACGCGCAAUUACGCGCGGAUACGCGGAGGACUCCCACACUCGCCACGACUGCGACUCCACUACUUCUCUUUUUAGCCUUCUCCGAUGCACGCGGCCGCAUUAAUGAGCCAUUCCUUAUCUCCACCUCCAUGUGAAGUCUCCACACAGUGGUGAGCAGCAGUGCGGAGCCGCGGGACGCGCUCUUCGCCACAGCCUCUCCAUCCCCUCCGUUGUCAGCCUCGACCAUGCCGCUCCUCCUGUACGUGGCCGCGCUCCUCUACCUCGACCUCGACGCGUCCGCCGGCUCCGAGCCGCCGGCCGCGUGCCCGACGCGGUGCGACGUGAGCGGCUGCCCGAGCCCCAGCUGCCCCAGCGGCUACGUGCCGGACCACUGCAACUGCUGCCUGGUGUGCGCGCAGGGCGAGGGCGACGCGUGCGGCCGCAAGGGCGACCUGCCGUGCGGCGACGGGCUGCAGUGCCGGCACCCGGCGGCCAAGCGCCUCUCCAAGGGACUGUGCCAGUGCAAGCUGGGCUACGAGGUGUGCGGCAGCGACGGGAGGACCUACGGCAACGUGUGCCAGCUGAAGGCGGCCAGCAGGAAGGCGCUGCACCGGGGCCAGACGGGCGUCACGCAGGCGCAGAAGGGGCCGUGCGAAACCGGCGUAGGUCCUUUACAGGCUGCCAGUCCUCGGUACAAGUUCAACUUCAUAGCUGAUGUGGUGGAGAAAAUCGCUCCUGCUGUGGUGCACAUUGAACUCUUCCUCAGGCAUCCCCUCUUCGGCCGGAACAUCCCUCUGUCCAGUGGUUCUGGGUUUGUGAUGUCCGACCACGGACUGAUUGUUACCAAUGCCCACGUCGUCUCCAGUACGAGUCCGGUGUCCGGUCAACAGCAGCUGAAGGUCCAGAUGCACAACGGAGACGUAUAUGAAGCCAGUAUCCGAGAUAUCGACAAAAAGUCAGACAUCGCUACCAUCAAAAUCAACCCGCAGGUAAAACUGCCUGUACUGUUGCUGGGCCACAGCGCUGAUCUGAGGCCUGGUGAGUUUGUCGUUGCCAUCGGGAGCCCCUUCGCCCUCCAGAACACCGUGACCACCGGCAUCGUCAGCACUGCCCAGAGAGAUGGCAAAGAACUGGGCCUCAGGGAUUCUGACAUGGACUACAUCCAGACGGACGCUAUUAUCAAUUAUGGGAAUUCAGGAGGACCUCUAGUCAACUUGGAUGGAGAGGUGAUCGGCAUCAACACUCUGAAGGUCGCAGCGGGAAUCUCAUUUGCCAUCCCCUCCGACAGAAUCACUCGCUUCCUUAAUGACUCCCUUGAGAAGCACAACAAAGAUGUGAGGUCCAUGAAGAAGCGUUUCAUUGGAAUAAGGAUGUUGACCAUUACACCAGCAUUAACUGAGGAGCUAAAACAGCAGAACCCUGACUUCCCCAAUGUGACCAGUGGCAUUUACGUUCACGAGGUUGUUCCUCACUCGCCUGCACAGAAGGGCGGCAUCAAAGACGGCGACAUCCUAGUCAAACUGAACGGCAAACCUCUGAUGACAACAGCCGACCUGCAGGGGGCGCUGCAGGAGGAAACUGCCCUGCUGCUUGAAGUGAGGCGGGACAACGACGACCUGCUGUUCAACAUUGAACCAGAUGUUAUCAUGCAGUAGACCCUAUCUGUGAAUGAACAUGUUGCUGGGUGGCUGCUCUGAACCAGCGACGUUUCUAUGUUUUAUACGUGUUAGCUAAAUCUGUUACACAUGUUUCCACCUUUUACACACAGCACAAACACAAUGACCCUUAUGAGCAACGUUGGUUGAAUGUACUGUGGAACUUGUAAAUUAAACUGAAAUAAAUAAAGGUAAAUAAACAAAGGCAGUGGUACACUUGUACAGAGCUUUAACUGGCAUGUUGCGUUGACACGAGCGAGCUGCUUAACAGCUGAUUAGGCCAAAGCAGAAGCAGUACCGGGGGCCUAUUUACAUAGAUCCAGCUCCUGGACUUUACUACAUUUAAAGGGUUUCUUGGAUUCCAUCGAGCUGCUGGUGGCAGCCUCCAUUCCAAUGUGAGGAGAGCUUAUCUGCCGUUCUAAGGGCAUGGCUUUUGUUUGCACUUUCACUUGAAGUUUUAUUUGCUUUGUCACAUACAGCACAGAUAGUCACAGCACUGGGUGGCCGUGGUCAGUCUGUCUGUCCUCCCCUUGUCCCGUCUUGUAGGAUUUCAUGGCCUUAAUAAAUAGCCGUUACAGCAGUUAGGCCACACUGAUCAUUGUGGCCUCUUUACUGAAGCAACAUACUGGUGGCGCUGAGUCUAAUGUUACACUAGCAAUAACUUUGCUGCUUCCUUAAAUAAAUGGUCUUUAAUGAAAGGCUGUGUCUUUCAGUGGAAAACCAUUUUCAAACCGUGACCAGAACCUUGACACAAAGACGUGGCUUUGGUUAAACAUUCUGUAUGUUCAAACAGUGGCUAAAACCAUUGAGUAGGGGCCAGUUGGGGCCAAUGAGCUCAUGAUAACAGACUUUUAAAGGCAGAGUGUGGUUUCAUGUGAGCCCAUGAUAGGCCUCUGAUUUAAACAUACAUCUGCCAGUGUCAGUGACUAAUAGUAAUUAUAUGCUGUAAAUGAUCUUAGGAUUUAAAAGUACAGGGCAAAUGUGAUUGUUAUUCCACAGUAAUCGACAACGGCCAUUGUUUCUAUUGAGCUUCUUUACUCUGUCUUCUAGGAACCAGUGGGAGGUGUGUAUAUACACAGCAGUAAGGAGGCCGCACGCACAAUCUUUUAAUGCAAUCUUUUAAUCUCCUCUCUGGGCUGGAAUGCAUGCCUACUGCUCAGUGACAUGCAUUUCACUACUGGAGUUCAUCAAUAAAAAUGAAUAUACCGCCCAGUGUCUCAGUGAGUUACUGUAAUCUAACAAAGCUGACCCGUACUGACCUGAGGCCUGCAGGCCGCUGGAUGUUUAUUGGGUUUUCGUGACUUCCUGAGAGAGACCUUGACAGUAAAAUUGGACUAUUUUGUCUGGGUCUUAUGCUGGUAAAAACCUGUCUGUGUUACUGUAAAACCUUAUAAAGUGUCAGUGUUCCAUC